ACUUGGUAUGGCUAAAUGGCUGAUUAAUAUUGUUUGUAAGCGAAAUUUUCGAAGGAUACCAUUGCAAGUGUGUUUAGAUUAGUGUUUCUUGUAUGUAAUCCUGUUGUGAAAGUGCAACGAGUAUACUUUACCACAGAAGAUACACUGUGCUGUAGUUCUACUGUGUAUAAACAAAGCAAGGAUAUAAACUACAUUCAGAAUGGACGACGCCAUGUUAGUUCGUUUGGAACUUAUUCAUGAGCGCCUAUCGAACUUGAUGGCGCAAAGCACCGCCAUGGGUACGGUCACGGAAGAGAAAUUAGCUAAACAGAUUCAGCUCAUCGAAGAGUGCGACUCGAAACUCACUCAAGAAAUACAUUUUUACAUAGAAAAGUGCAGUCAAGUUUCCAGUGAAAGAUUAAAAACUUUUACCAAGACACAGUUUCAGUCGGAAGAAUGGAGGGUGGAAAUGAAAGCUCUGUUAAAAAAUCCUUCAGUGACACUUACCACUGCGAAGUUGCCAAAACUUGCCCUACCAAAAUUCAAAGGAGAAACACUGCGAUGGGCAGAGUUUUGGGAUCGUUUUAAGAGUAAUGUACACGACAAGUCAUUGCCUGAUGCCGAGAAGAUGGCAUACCUUGUCGGCUGCCUAGAAGCAGAGGCUCUUCAGGCAGUGGAAGGCCUUGGUAUAACUGAAUUAAAUUAUAAUGUAACAUUAGAAAUAUUAAAAGAAAGGUUUGGGAACCAGCAAAAGGUUAUUGAUGCCCACUAUGAUGCCAUCAAUAAUGUUCAAAGGGCAACGCACCAUGCCACGGACUGCAGAGCAAAUUUGAAUAUGAUAGAGAGACAUUUAAGAGUCCUUCAAAGUUUAGGAGAAACCAUAAAUGGAAAUCAUUUAAGGUCUACCAUACUAUCCAAAUUCCCUGAGAAGGUGGUAUAUGAGUUACACUUGCUAACGCUGACGGAUAAUAUAGAUAAUAUACGAAGCGGACUACAAAAAAUUAUAACUGCAAUGGAAAGUGCUAAAGAAAGCCCUGUCCCAAGUAGUAGUGACAACAUUUCUACAGCAGCUUUACAUAUAACUACCCACCAGAAGAAAGGGAAGCAGGAAAACAAGAGGAUAACCCAUAAAAGGGGGUUUCUUAAAAGAAAACUACCGGAGAAUACUGAGAAGAUGUCAAAAAAUAAGAAACCUAAGAUGGCUUGCAUUUUUUGCCAAGGCGCGCACUACAAUGCAUCCUGCACAGUGGUUCAGGAUAUCAACGAUAGGAAAAAGAAACUAGGCAAAAGAUGUUACAUUUGCUUCAAGGAAGGACAUAGAACAACAACAUGCCACAAUAGGAAGCCGUGCUUCUUCUGCAAAGGAAGUCAUAAUCAAGCUUUAUGUCCACAAAAGCCAGGUCAUAAUAAUAUUGAGUUAUCUAUGGCAUCUAUGUCAUUAUCUAAACAUAAUGAUAUCAAUAUUAAACAUUAUUAUUGUUCUUACCUACAGACGGCAAUAGUGGAGGUGGGGCCGAAGAACUCAAACAGAACUAAGACACGAAGGCUGAUUCUUGACAAUGGCAGUGGUCGCAGCUAUAUUACCAGGAAGCUUGCAAAAGAACUUGACUUAGUAGCGGAUCAGGAAGAUGAACUGAUGGUAUUUGUUUUCGGUGCUGAUGACCCAGUUAACAUUUCCAGCCCAUCAGUUGACAUCCAAAUUAUAACAAGAAGAGGUAUCAGAAGGGAUAUUCGGGUAAACAUUGUGCGCCGUAUAACUAAUUAUCUUGGUCCUCCCAUGAGUAUGGAUGGAAUUGAUGGAGUAGAUGUUAUAGCUGAUGAUGGGUCUGCUAGUGAAGAACCACAACUUUUGAUGGGUGGUGAUUAUUAUUAUUCAUUUCACAGAAAAGAAAUGCUAUUGCUGAAGGAUCACUUAUAUUUAAUUAACACAGAUUUUGGCUGGAUGAUUGCCGGCAAGGUCCUACAAGAAGAGAAAAAUAAUACACUAUCUGUCAUUAUGUACUGCCAAUGCCAGGAAUCCGUAAUACCCUAUUUUGUAACACCAGACUUGCCUCUCCGGGAACCGGAUAUCAGAUUUCUAUGGGCCUUAGAAAGUAUUGGGAUUGUAGACUCUCCUAAGAUAACUAGAGAGGAAGAGGCCAUCAAACACUUUAAUGAAACAGUCAAAUAUGAGGAUAAGAGAUAUCAGGUGAAGUGGCCCUGGAUAACGUAUCCCCCUGACUUACCCACUAACUAUGGUCUAGCUUAUGGGAGACUGUCAAGCUUAAUCAAAAGAUUAGAACAUGAUGCCAUGGAAGAGUAUGAUAGCAUUCUGAAAGAACAACUAACCGCAGGGGUUAUAGAAGUAAUAGAUCCAUCGGAAAUUGACUCUAAGACACAUCCUGUUCACUAUCUUGCCCAUCAUAUUAUUCUUCCGAAGGGGAAGAAGGGGCGUGUGGUGUAUGAUGGUUCGGCUAAACUCAAGAAUAGUAAAAGCCUCAAUGAAUGCAUGUAUAGAGGACCUUCGAUGCUCGAAGACUUGACCGCACUCCUAUUGAGAUUCAGAGUCAACAAGAUUGGAAUUACAGCGGAUGUAGAAAAGGCGUUUCUUCAAGUAGGACUACAACAGGAGGAUAGAGAUGUGACCAGGUUUUUAUGGCUGAAGGACCCCAAACAAGGAGUGACUGAGAAGAACCUUCUUCAUCUGCGCUUCUGUCGUGUCCCAUUUGGGGUAAUAUCUAGUCCAUUUUUGCUGACAGCUACGAUUCGCCAUCAUUUGUCAAAGGGUGACCAGCACCUUAUGUCAGAAAUAGCAGAAAGAACUUACGUGGACAACUUAGUCACUGGAACAGACACGUUAGAGGAAGCUCGUGAGCUUGUAAACAAGACUCGGGCGACAUUCACAGAAUUGUCUAUGAAUAUAAGAGAAUGGACAUCCAACAACAAACGAUUGCUGAAGACUAUUCCAAAACAGUUUCGAUCAAAAGACACUGAAUCGACAAAGGUAUUAGGACUUACCUGGCACAUAGGAAAGGAUACCCUGAAACUAAGGUUGGGUGAUGUACUUUCCGACACAAAGCAAGACAACACAACUACAACAAAACGAGGGAUAUUGCGAACUCUUGCUUCAUUAUAUGAUCCUUGCGGUUUCGCGGCACCCUUAAUUUUGCCUGCAAAACUCCUUCUUCAAGAACUAUGGAAAAGGAAAGAAAAAUGGGAUUCUCAAUUGCCAGAGGACUUACAGGAAGAAUGGCAGAAGGCAGUAAGUGCUCUACAGACUGCUGCUGAAAUAGAAAUACCCAGACAUGUUGGCCUGUCGCCAAAUGAAGACACAGAGUGUGAACUUCAUUGCUUCACUGAUGCAUCUAAAAGAGCUUACUCAGCUGUAGUAUAUCUGAGGAUAGUGAAUAAGAAAGAAGUGAGCACUAAAGUAAUGCUCAUAAUGGCUAAAUCCCGAGUUACCCCGAUAAACCACACGGAAGACCUCAAAAUACCGAAAUUAGAAUUACUUGGAUUCGUCAUUGGGAAGCGACUCUUAACUUAUGUAAAGAACACCCUUAGAAUAGAAUUGAAAAGACUAUGCCUCUGGUCUGACAGUGAAAUAGUUUUAUACUGGAUGAAAUCAGACAAGUUAUUGCCUCCAUUUGUUUGCAGAAGAAUAAAUGAAAUUAAACAAAACAAAGAUAUAGAACCCAGAUAUGUCAAUACUGAAUUGAACCCUGCCGAUCUAGCAACACGACCGGAACUUUGGCACACUAAGAAGGAAUUGUGGUUCAAUGGACCUCAAUUUCUUUCGCUAAGUGAGGAGGGCUGGCCAAAGUUGUAAGAACAUGGCCAGUCAGCUCUUUUUGCAGGAACUGACUCUAUAAUAGAUACCACGUCAUCUCAAGCAGAAGAGUCAGUCAGAGGAACCAUAGAACAGGAAAUUACAGAAGGAAUGACAAUAGAUAUAGAUAAUAUAGAAGACAAUGGUCAGAUGCAGGUUUCGGCCAUUGGAGCUGAUAUUAACUGUGCUGAAAUAAAGAAUUUACAAAAAUUACACUUCCCCCAAGAGGCAGCAGGCAAGAAAACAAGCUUAUUCAGGAAUUUAGGACUAUUUGUGGAUAUGGAUGGAUUAUUAAGAUGUAAAGGUCGGCUUAUGAACACAAUGUGUUCAUAUGACACCAAAUAUCCGAUACUGAUACCUAAGAACUCGGAAUUCACAGACAGACUGAUUCUGGAGACUCAUCAGAGAUACUACCAUGUGGGAGCCCCACAUACACUGAGCAUUAUUCGCCAGAAAUACUGGAUUCCUCAAGGAAGAGCGAAGGUUCAGCGAAUCAUAAGAAAAUGCCAGCAGUGUAUUAAACAUGGAGGUGGUCCCUACAAACUUCC